AUGUCGACGGAAGCGCGGGAUAUGGAGGUGCGGCUGGUGAACGGCAUGGUUCUGACGCUGAAGAUGGAGGAGACGGCAGGAGGCGUGGGCGAGCGCGUGGCGACGUUGGAGGCGAAGUUGAGGGAGCAGGGCGGCGCCAUGGCUGCCAUGCAGCGCGACAUGGCCGACAUGCGCCACGCCAUGGCCCUCCUCAAGGGGAUGGGGGCGACGGGGGCUUUAGGGGAGAAGAGUGCGGGGGAAUGGGCGGGAAACGGGAGCGACUCAAGAGAGGCAGCGGAGGGCAUUGGCGCGCAACCUGUGAAAGGCGUUUUAGUUGCGAUUGAAGUGGGGGAGGUGAAGGCGGCUGCGGCGGAGCGGCAGGUGGCGGAGGUGGCGUACGUGAAAGCGACGGCGGCGCACUCGAAGGCGCGCAUCAACGACGUCGAGCUGGCGCUCACCGCCAUCAAGGAGAGGCCCGCGGAAAAGAGCCGCGCCAAACGCGAGGCGGGCAGCGCAGGGGAGGAUGUGGUGGAGGAGAGGCGCGAGGGGAAGAGGCGGAAGAGGGAGGAGGCGGGGGAAAAUGAGGGAGGGGUCGCUGCGGGCGCUGGCUUGCUCUGGUUGCCGUCGGUGGUGCGCAUGUGGAAAAGAAGGAUGAGGCGGAAAUGA